AUGGGGGGGGGGGGGUAUUGGGGGGGGGUAGAUUGGGGGUGUUGGUGGGAUGGGGUGUGUUUGGGGGGUGUGGGUUGGGAGUGGUAUUUGUGUAGAGGAUUGGAGGAGGGUGGGGUUGGGUUGGGUAUUGUUGUGAUGUGGUGUUUUGUGGGGGUGUUGAUUUGGGUGGUUAGGGGGGGGAGGGGUGGGGGGUUAGAUUGGGUUGUGAUGUUGGGGGGUUGUGGGGUGGUGUUGUGGGGGGUGGUUUGGGGGGUGGGGGGGGGUUUUUGUGGGGUGUUGGGUUUUUGGAGGGUUGGAGGGGGGGGUGGUGUGGUGGUGGGGGUGUUGUUGUUGGGUGGGGGGGUGUGUGUGGGGGUGGAUUUGUGGGGUGUUGGAUGGGGGGGGGAUUGUGGGGUGGGGUUUUGGGGGUUUGGGGUUAGGGUAGUUGAGUGGUGGGGGGGGGUUUGGUGGUGGGUGAGAGGAAGGGUGGGUUGGUGGUUGUAG